ACUAAGCGCUGAAGGAAGUAAUGAUGUCUUAACAUUGGUGUUGGGGACUCCGGAGCAUGGGGGAAGAGUGCGGGGAGUAGGAGGUUUUGUUACUCCCUCUACUUACUUCCACCUCCCUAAACGUAGAAAGGAGAGCAUAGAAGCUACUGUCAGACUUAGUGUGCAGAAAAUAUUGUUAGAGGAGAGAGAGAAGAUAGUAGAGGAGGCAAGGGAGAAGAUACUAGAGGAGGCAAGGGAGGAGAUAAUCAAGGAAGCGAGGGAAAAAAUUGUUGCAGAUGAGCGGGCUAUGUGGGAGGCCAAGUUUGCUGAACUUGAAGCAAAGAUAAAUGGAAAAGAGGCUGCAACCAUUCACCCAAAUGUAUCUGGCCAUGGAAGUUGCUCAAUGACAGUUGAUGAGAUUGCUCAAGAAACGGAUAAAGCUCCGUUGGAAGAAGUAGUGAACAAUGUGGAUGGAACUAAAAUUCUGAGCGUUUUUGAAGCAAUGGAAAACAAAACCAUCAUGCGUAAAAGGAAAGGGACAAAGGUUGUUAAGGAAGGCAGGUUGGAUAAAAGUCCAGGCUGCAAGAAAGGUAAUGAGUAUCCCAAGUUGCUUGAGAAAGUAGUUGUCAACCGUGAGGAGGUCAAUGAGGCUGUUGAAGAAAAUGUCAAUAUGAUAGAUAUCAAGGAGCCGGAGAAUGAGGAGGGGGCAGAAUAUGUGGAUUUGACGAUGCGUCAACCUACAUUAAAGGGAACAACUAUAUAGGUAGCUGAGGUUGAUAUAUUGCAAGUUGGCAAUAGGUUCUGUUGAACAUAUUGUUGCGUAUGCCACUGUUAUGGAGUGCGAGGAUCCUUCCCAACUCAUUCAUGGCACUCCACUAGGGGAUGGUAAUGUGCACGUUUCCAUCUAUGCCGCGCUUGAGGAGAAAGCAAAAGUGUCAUUUCUUGUGAAAGAUGAAAUUGAAACAGUGAAGCAGGCUAUGGGGAGUUGGGUCGCAUGGCCUAAACACCUAGUCAUAAAAUCUGCAGUCAAGAAACCUACCAAGGAUAAUGCUGAUAAGAAGAAGAAAAGGAAAGAGAUAGGGGAAGAGGACUCGGAGAUUGAAUUUGGCUUGGCCAAAUUGGCACCAUCGUUGCCAGUUUCAUUGAAGAUGUUAUGUUUGUGUGGUGAGGAUGCAUUCAAAGAUGGGAAUACAAUCAGCUUGUACAUGGAGCCUGAAGUGUUUGGAUAUUUUCGCAAGACAUUUAUAUUGGGAAAAGAUGAUAGGCGACUUGCAAGCAUGAGGGAAGUAACUGGAACUUGCAUUGCAGUGUACCAGAGGUACCUCUGUGUUGUUGAAGGCUUAUAAAAUGCUGGACAUGGUUGCGUUUGUUGACCCUUCACUUAUUGGUGCUGUGGGGUGUGGGAAUGGAACUGUCAAGGCCCAACACAUGAAAGAUAGGCUUGUAACUGCUAAACCAGGGUAGAUGUUCAUGCUCCCAUAUAACUCGGGUGAUCAUUGGAUGUUGACACUUGUUGAUCCGGAGAAAGGAACCGCCUAUUUUAUGGACGUGCUGAAUAGAUGCUUACCUACAGGAGAUUGGAUGUCUAUCGUGGAUAUUGCUAUGCGUAUGUAUAAUGCUGAAAAGAAUAAGCAAAGCCGAUGUUCAGUCCAUUGGAAAAAUUUGGCUGGCAUUCCUCCCCAACCUAGCAACAAGGAGUGCGAGUACUUUAUCAUGCGAUACAUGAGAGAUAUCAUUGAGGAUAAAGACAUGUCAUUGUUUCCUUCCAAGUGGAAGAGGAGAGGCAACAGCCAAUACACCCAAACGGAUAUUGAUCAAGUGCGAAAUGAGUGGGGGAAGUUUGUUGUCAACACAUGUGCACGAGUCAUGAAGUAGUACACUUGUUGCUAGUACAUUUUAGAUAAGGAAAGCAUCUUUUUUGUGCUUCUCUGCUGGUACAUUGUCAUGCACCAUGUGUGGCAUGUUUUGGAACAAUAUAUAUGUGUAUAAGCUUUUUGAUGUCCCAAGUAGAUGGGCAUGCACUAUAAUGCUUUUCUUGUGUAAAAUGUCUUGUGUAAAAUGUUGAU